UGUGAACUGCAUGAUGAACGAUAUGAACUAUAUUGCAAACAAUGUGACAUUCCAAUUUGCACCUGUUGUUUAUCAUCUAGUCAACAUCUAGGACACGAUACAUUUGGUAUUACUGAAGCGUUUAAUAGCAAAAAAAAACAACUUACAAAGAGAUUUGCAAGAGUUCGAACAAUCCCUAUUACCAAAAUAUCAGGACAUUAUCUCAAGUAUCAAAGUUCAAUAUGAUGACCUUGAGACAAAAUCCAAAGAUCUGAUAAGAGCUGUUCACCAACAUGGAGCAGAUUGGCAUAAAGAAAUUGACAAUAUUAUAAACAUGAAAAAAUCUGAAGUUAGCGAAAUACAAAACAAAAAUAUAGAUGCCCUAAAUAAACAGGAGUAUGAUGUCACUCUUAUUAUUUCUGAAAUAACACAGAUCAUCGCUGAUUUGAAGGAAUUGCUAGAAUCCAAGGAUGUUUACAAUGUGUCUGCAUACAAAUCUAGGAAUGCUGAAUUAAGAAGAUUGCCCGUUGAAUUCAAAUUUACUGUUCCAAGUUUCAUACCUCAGAGAAUAAACACUGAACAACUCUUUGAACAUUUUGGCUCCUUAUCAGGGUCUCGCUUUACCACAGAAUGCGAUUUAGCAAUGCAAACCUCUGCAAUGCCAUCCUCAUCAGGAAUUUCUAUUAGGUAUGAUUCACAGAUUAUCACAACUUUGGAAACAGGCUAUGAAAAUCUUAACCAUGUCACAUGUCUGAGCGACAAUGAAGUAUGGACACAAGGUAAUAGUAACAUUAUGAAACUGUACGAUCUCCAAGGAAAUCUGCGACAGUCGAUCAAAACUAAAUCUGGAAAUACGCCUUACGACAUAGCUGUGACAAAUGAUGGAGAUUUAAUCUACAUUGAUUCCAAAGAUAAAACUGUGAAUCUUGUAAAGAAAACAACUAUGCAAAAAGUUUCAAGACCACGCAGAUGGUGGAAAAGGGAACCGCAAGAAAUACACGAAAUGUUCAGACUUCAGGAGUGGAAACCCCUCCGUGUCUGUAUCACCUCUUCUUGUGACUUCCUUAUUACCAUGACAUGUGACGGUAGACAAGAAACAAAAUUGACGCGUUACUCGGGAUUUACAGAGAAACAAAGCAUUCAAUUUGAUGACAAUGGUCAGCCUCUCUAUUCGUAUGGUUCUUACAUUUUAUAUGUAGGUGAGAAUAGAAACCAAGAUAUAUGUGUUGCAGACAAUAAAGCCAAGGCAAUAGUUGUAGUUACUAAAGCUGGUAAACUCAGAUUCAAAUACACUGGUCCCCCUGCUAAUGGAUUUUCGAAGGAGUCAUUUGACCCUAUUGGUAUCACUACAGACAGUCAGGGGCGAAUUUUGACAGCAGACCAUUGCAAUCACCGUAUCCACAUCAUCGAUCAGGAUGGACAGUUCCUCCGCUACAUUGACAACUGUGAUUUUCGCUAUCCAUGUGGUUUGUGCACCGACACAGCAGACAACCUCUUCGUGGUCGAGUUUGUCAGAGGUCAUAUUAAGAAAAUCAGAUAUUACGUGUAGAAAAAUCCAUGGACUUAUCAACAGUGUAGUAUUGCCCUUUCUAGAACAAAUGAAUUGGGCUUAAUCGUUUGCUACCUUCAGAACUGGUCCUGAAUAUCUCAAGCAGAUCUCCAUUGUUUACCCACCUGCUAUUUGGAACAUAGACCAUAUAGAUCUACUGGAGAUAUCCAUACUCCAAACGAGCAAACUAAGAAUUACUCUUGCAGCUCUCAAAUCAUGCAACCAAACGAAUACACACAAAGAAUGUUUUGACUAUAAAACUGAAUUUGUGUUAUUAUUGUCAAGUAUUAUAUACAUGCAUUAAGCAUAUCAUGUUGUUUGUUCUGCUUUUGAUCAAAACUUUGAAAAAGUGUACAGUUUCUCAUCCAAGUUGAUAGGUCUACUGUCUCCUUUAUUUGUUAUUA